CUCAAACAAGGAAGUGUCUCUAAGACAAGCUCAAAGUUCAGACACGAGAGAUUCCUGGAUACACACACACACACACACACACAUUUUUUGUUGCAGUAACUACAGCUUUAAACGCUCCAUUUAGACUGAUGAGUGUUUGAGUGUUUGCUGUGUGUUUUUCAUUACUGGAUGGUGGAUCUCGUGCGCUUCCGAUGGAGCUGACGGAAUUAAACAGAGCAGACUAUACCAGCAGCCACUACGGCUCCCUAAGAGCCCGAAAAGCUCCCUUCAGCGAAGUGAACGAGGGUGCAGUGCAUUUCGACUGGAGCUCCCGUCCCGUGGAGGACGACCGCGAGGAUGAAAAUUCCCACCAAACCCAAAAUCUCAAAGAGCUGCCGCUUCACAUGGGGCUGAAGAAAGCGAUACGGCAGGUGCAGCAGAUGCGUGUCCCUGUUGUGUCCAGUUGGGGUUCAUGGCGUUUCCGUCACUCUAAGUCCUUUCAGCGGUUUCGUGAUGACCUGGCAAGCGUGUUAUCUUUACUCGAGCUCUGGAGGAAGUCCAUGCACCAGAUUGGAGGACACUUUGGAGGAGGAGUCCAGUCCUAUUUCCUGUUCUUGAGAUUCCUUGUUAUAUUGAACUUCCUGUCCUUUCUGUUGAUGGCUGGUUUUGUCAUCAUACCCAGUAUCGUUUUCCACUCCAGCAACUCCAGCGGUCAAUCCCUCGUUCCCUCGGUCAACCUUUCAGGUGUGGACGUGUGUCUGCGUUAUGACGUUCAGCUUCCGCCUCUCACCGUUUACUACACCUACUUCCUGGAUUUGCUCUCAGGAAUGGGCUUUAUGGAGUACUCGUACAUGUUCUAUGGAUUUUAUAACAACACCGAGGUCACAAGCAAUGGCUUUUCCUACAACAUUCCGCUGGCCUACCUUCUCACCGCCGCUUUCUACUUCCUGUUUUGCCUGUUAUGCAUCGUGGUUCGGAUGGGCGGAGUGGCACGGGUUGUCAUGGCGAUGGAUGGAGGACGCUUAGGAGGGUACAGCGUGCUCAUCUUCACCGGGUGGGAUCACGGCCUUCAGGAUAAGAGAGCCGUUAAAGUGAAGCACAACAACCUGCGUUAUCAAUUACAGGUGGAUCUGGAGGAGGAGAGGAUUAAGAGGAAGGCCGAGUCUCUCACUCUCUCACAAGCACUCUUGCUUUAUUCCCUUCGAAUUUUCCUAAACCUCAUCAUUCUGGCGAUGAUAGUGGGUGCUUUCUUUGCCAUCAGUUACGCAACCCAAUACAGUCAGUCUGAACAACGGGAAGGCUUCGUGGGAUUGCUGCUGGAGUAUCUACCCUCCAUGGUUAUAACAGCCAGUAAUUUUGUCGUUCCUUUUCUGUGUGACCAGAUCGCUAAUCUGGAGAAAUAUUCGCCUAGUGUCACUGUGAUCCUCGCCCUGCUGCGGGCUGUCUUCCUGCGGUUAGUGAGUUUAGCUGUACUCUUCAUCACUCUGUGGCAAAAGAUCACAUGUAAGGGGAUCACUAGUGCAAGGAACUGUUCACCCUGCAGCUACAACUACUCACAGUAUCAGUGCUGGGAGACCCGUGUUGGACAGGAAAUGUACAAGCUGACGCUGUUUGACUUUCUCAUUACAAUUGCGGUGAUGGUCCUGGUGGAGUUUCCUCGCAGGCUGGUCGUGGAUCACUGCUCGUGUAAGCUUGCUCAGUGGGUGGGUCGUCAGGAGUUCGUUGUUGCUUCGAACGUCUUGGCGCUCGUUUACGCUCAGACAGUGGUGUGGAGCGGUGCUCUGUUCUGUCCCAUGCUGCCGCUCAUCAACACCAUCAAGUUCUUCAUCAUAUUCUACUGCAAAAAGGUCACUCUAUUCCAGAACUGUCGUCCGGCGGUGAGGACAUUUCGCUCCACCAGCUCCAACUUCUUCAUCUUCCUGGUUCUUCUGUUCGGUUGGGUGCUAUCCAGUGUGGUGCUCAUUUACAGCAUAGCUAAUAUUCAUCCGUCCUACGGCUGCGGUCCGUUCCGUUUCUCCUCCUCCAUGUGGGAUGUCGUUCCAGGUUCCUUCCAUUCACUGUCCAACACCACACAGGAGUUUCUGCUGUAUAUCGGCUCACAGGCUUUCUCCAUCCCGCUCUUCAUCUUAUCGUGUGUGCUGAUGUGUUACGUAGCUGCAUUGGCAUCGGUUUACGGGAAAACCAUUAAUCUGCUGAAGAAACAACACAAACUGGAGGGACGAGAUAAACAGUUCCUGGUUAAACAGAUCAAAGAGCAGAAUGCAAAGGUUUCUAGAAACGAACAACACGGAACAAGAGGAGCAAGUGGUCCUGUGCCAAGAUGGGGAGAAAACUACAAUCCUGCAUUCGAGCCAGAUGAAGAACCGGCGAUGUCAGCUAGGGAUUUUAGGAAUGGUGGCUUUUAUGACACUCGUGACACUUGACGUCCAUAUCAUAACUUAAUGACGGUGAUUCAAAAUGGAGUCAUAAAAGACAUUCUUAUUGUUUCCCCUUCACAUGAAUGUGUUUACUUUGCUUCAUGCCUCGCUGACAAAAUUUACUAUGAAUAUAAAGUUUGUAUGUGAAGUAGGAUACGCCACAAAUGGAAAUAUUUGUGACUUCUGUGUGAUAUUCCAUAACUACACUGCUACUCUAAGGGAGGGCUUGUUAUACCAUGUGCUGUAAUAUAAUGUAAAAAAAAAAUAUAUAUAUAUAUAUAUAUUCUAUGAAGUUAGUU